UUGUGGAGAAAGUAAACGAAGAAGGCGCUACGGAGGCGGACAAUGGCGGAGUCGAACUGGCUGCGCGACCGGUGUCGGCUGGUAAUGGCUCGCUUCGCAGACGAUCUGCCUACCCGCUAUGGAGGUCCAGCGGGCGCUGGAAGAGGGGGAGCCCGACAGGGAGGUCCCCCAGGCGGCCAGAGGAUGUACAAACAGUCGAUGGCCCAGAGGGCCAGGACAAUGGCUUUAUACAAUCCCAUUCCCGUCAAACAGAACAUCUUCACUGUCAACCGGUCCCUUUUUAUCUUUAGCGAAGAUAACAUCAUACGGAAAUAUGUUAAGAGAAUAACCGAAUGGCCUCCUUUUGAAUACAUGAUCCUGGCCACCAUCAUCGCCAACUGCAUCGUCCUGGCCCUGGAGCAGCAUCUGCCCGCCAGCGACAAGACCCCGCUCUCCGAACGCUUGGAGGACACAGAGCCAUACUUUAUUGGAAUAUUUUGUUUUGAGGCCGGCAUAAAGAUCAUCGCUCUGGGCUUCGCGUUCCACAAAGGCUCCUACCUCCGUAAUGGCUGGAACGUAAUGGAUUUCGUGGUCGUCCUAACCGGGAUUUUGGCCACGGUGGGGUCGGACUUUGACCUGCGGACUUUGAGGGCCGUGCGCGUGCUCAGACCGCUCAAGCUGGUGUCGGGGAUACCCAGUCUGCAGGUGGUGUUGAAGUCCAUAAUGAAGGCCAUGGUUCCUCUGCUCCAGAUUGGCCUCCUGCUUUUCUUCGCCAUCCUCAUGUUUGCCAUCAUCGGCGUAGAGUUCUACAUGGGCAAGUUCCACCAUACCUGCUUCAAACGGGACUCGGGUGAGCUGGCUGCAGACUUCCCCUGUGGUCUGGAGGCCCCGGCGCGCACCUGCUCCAACGACACGGAGUGCAGGGAGUACUGGAUCGGUCCCAACUUCGGCAUCACCAACUUCGACAACAUCCUGUUCGCCGUGCUCACCGUCUUCCAGUGCAUCACCAUGGAGGGCUGGGUGGACAUCCUGUACAACGCUAACGAUGCUUCAGGCAACACCUGGAACUGGCUCUACUUCAUCCCCCUCAUCAUCAUCGGAUCUUUCUUCAUGCUGAACCUGGUCCUGGGGGUCUUAUCAGGGGAGUUUGCGAAGGAGAGGGAGCGGGUGGAGAAGAGGCAGGAGUUCCUGAAGCUGCGGCGGCAGCAGCAGAUCGAGAGGGAGCUGACCGGCUACCUGGAGUGGAUCUGCAAGGCAGAGGAGGUCCUGCUGGCCGAGGAGGACAGGAACGCCGAGGACAAGUCCCCGCUGGACGGUGCGUGGUACAAGAGGAAGCAGAACCCCUCAGUCCUGAAAAGAGCCAAGAACAAAAAGGGCAAGAAUGACCUGAUCAACGCGGAGGAGGGGGAGGAGCAUUUCACAGACAUCUCCUCCGUGGGGUCGCCAUUCGCCCGCGCCAGCCUGAAGAGCAGCAAGAACGACAGCUCCUCCUACUUCCGGCGCAAGGAGAAGAGGGUGCGCUUCUUCAUCCGGCGCAUGGUGAAGGCGCAGAGCUUCUACUGGUUCGUCCUGUUCCUGGUGGGCCUCAACACCAUGUGCGUGGCCAUGGUGCACUACGACCAGCCCGAGUGGCUCACCCACGCGCUGUACCUGGCUGAGUUUGUCUUCCUGGGCCUCUUCCUGUCAGAGAUGAGUCUGAAGAUGUACGGACUGGGACCCAGGAACUAUUUCCACUCCUCCUUCAACUGCUUUGAUUUUGGGGUGAUCGUGGGGAGCAUUUUCGAGGUGGUGUGGGCGGUGGUGAAGCCGGGGGCGUCGUUUGGGAUCAGCGUUCUACGAGCCCUCCGCCUGCUCAGGAUAUUCAAGGUCACAAAGUACUGGAACUCUCUGAGGAACCUGGUCGUCUCUCUGCUCAACUCUAUGAAAUCCAUCAUCAGCUUGCUCUUCCUCCUCUUCCUCUUCAUCGUGGUGUUUGCGCUGCUGGGGAUGCAGCUCUUCGGCGGACAGUUUAACUUUGAAGAUGAGACUCCAACGACGAACUUCAAUAACUUUCCUGCUGCCAUACUCACUGUUUUCCAGAUCCUGACAGGCGAGGACUGGAACGCAGUGAUGUACCAUGGGAUUGAGUCUCAGGGAGGCGUGCAUCGGGGAAUGUUCUCCUCCAUUUACUUCAUCGUGCUCACGCUGUUCGGAAACUACACGCUCCUCAAUGUCUUUCUCGCCAUCGCUGUCGACAACCUGGCUAAUGCACAGGAGCUCACUAAGGAUGAGGAGCAGCAGGAGGAAGCAGCCAAUAAAAAGCUCGCUCUCCAAAAGGCCAUGGAGGUGAAGGAGGUCAGCCCCAUGUCUGCAGCCAACAUCUCCAUCGCGGCUUUCGUAAAGCAAAAUCGAGGUGCUCUAUCUCGCAGCUCUUCCGUCUCCAGCGUUAAUUCACCCAAGGAGCAGCAGAGGUCGGCCAAGCUGAUGUCGGUGUGGGAGCAGCGGACGACGCAGCUGCGCAGGCACCACCUGCGCGCGAGCAGCGAGGCCCUGUACAACGAGCUGGAGCCCGAGGAGCGGCUGCGCGUGUCCUCCGCCAUGCACAUCCGCCCCGACAUGAAGACCCACCUGGACCGCCCCCUGGUGGUGGAGGCGCGCGAUGGCAACGGCAACGGCAACGGCAACGGCGGGAAGGAGGGGGGAGACUGGGGCACCUCGGGGGAGGGGGAGGGGGCCGAUGAAGCCGCGCCUCUUUCCUCCUCGCACCCCCGGAAGCACCACAGGCACCGGGACAGGCCCGCCAACGAAACCGGCGGCAACGGGGAGGCGGGCGAAGGCAGGGAGGGCGGGGGGCACACCCACCACAGCCGAAACAAGGAGCACAACGGGUCGCGGGGCAGGGAGGGGGGCCGGAGGCACCACCACCAGGGUUUGAUGGACGAGGGGGGAGGAGGAGGUGGAGGGGGAGGAGGAGGAGGAGGGGGCGGUGAGAGAGAGCACCGGCGUCACCAUGGCCACCGCCAGCCGAAGGAGGGGAACGGGACAGGCGGGAACGGGGCGAAAGGUGAGCGGAAGGGGCGGCACCGGGAGGGGGUGCGCCCUGCCGGUCGGGACGCAGACGGGCGGGACGGCGAGGGGAACGGCGAGCGGAGGAGGCACAGGCCGCGCGGGGCCCGCGCCCGGUCCACCAUGGACCAGGAGGAGGAGGAGGAGCGUCGGGAGGGCGAGGAGAGAGAGGGCGGCAAGGCACACAGGGGAAGGCACGCAGACGUGGAGGGCUGCGGGACUGCCACCAGCCCGCCCCAGCUCCCCGGGGGUCGGGUGUCGGCCUGGGACAAGCAGGAGGACUCGGACAACCAGAAGAACCUCUCGCGGACGUGCCAGGCGGGGCUCGGCACCAACGCCAUCCACAUCCCCGUCACCCUCACCUCCCCACCGGGAGAGACCGCCACCAUACCCAUGAACAACAUCGACGUUGACUCGCUCCCGUUGAACGAAGAGAAGAAGAACCUGGAGGACCAGACCAAAAACGGGCGUCGGCAGAUUCUGCCGUACAGCUCCAUGUUUGUGUUCAGCCAGGCCAACCCGGUGCGCCGUCUGUGUCACUAUGUGGUGAACCUGCGCUACUUUGAGAUGUGCAUCCUCUUGGUCAUCACCAUGAGCAGCAUCGCGCUGGCCGCGGAGGACCCGGUGCAAGCCAACGCCCCCCGCAACAACGUGAGUCCUGCGACCCGCAAAGACGGGGUCCUGAAGCACUCCGUAGACGCCACCUACGAGGAUCAGGGCCCCAGCCCCGGGUUCCGCAUGGAGACGUCCAUCUUCUACGUGGUCUACUUCGUGGUCUUCCCCUUCUUCUUCGUCAACAUCUUCGUGGCCUUGAUCAUCAUCACCUUCCAGGAGCAGGGGGACAAAGCCAUGUCCGAGUGCAGCCUGGAGAAGAACGAGAGGGCGUGCAUCGACUUUGCCAUAAACGCCAAGCCUCUGACUCGCUACAUGCCCCAGAACAAGCAGUCCUUCCAGUACAAGAUGUGGAAGAUUGUGGUGUCGCCGCCCUUCGAGUACUCCAUCAUGACCAUGAUCGCCCUCAACACCAUAGUGCUCAUGAUGAAGUUCUACGACGCGCCUGUCGUCUAUGCAAACAUGCUCAAGUACCUGAACAUCGUGUUCACCGCUCUCUUCUCUCUGGAGUGCAUCUUCAAGCUCAUCGCCUUCGGACCUCUGAACUACAUGAAAGAAGCCUGGAACAUCUUUGACUUUGUGACCGUGCUGGGCAGCAUAACUGACAUCCUGGUGACGGAGAUUAUCGACAAGCUCAUCAACCUGAGUUUCCUGAGGCUGUUCCGGGCGGCUCGACUCAUCAAGCUGCUCCGGCAGGGCUACACCAUCCGCAUCCUGCUCUGGACCUUCGUCCAGUCCUUCAAGGCCCUGCCGUACGUCUGCCUCCUGAUCGCCAUGCUCUUCUUCAUCUACGCCAUCAUCGGCAUGCAGGUGUUCGGGAACAUCGAGCUCAACGAAGACACGUCCAUAAAUCACCACAACAACUUCUGCACCUUCUUCCAAGCCCUCAUGCUCCUGUUCAGGAGCGCGACGGGGGAAGCGUGGCACGAGAUCAUGCUGGCGUGCCUGAGCCACCGGCCGUGUGACGAGCGCUCCGGCUCCGUGGGGAAGGAGUGCGGCAGCGACUUCGCCUACUUCUACUUCGUCUCCUUCAUCUUCCUCUGCUCCUUUCUGAUGCUGAAUCUGUUUGUCGCUGUCAUCAUGGAUAACUUUGAGUACCUGACCCGGGACUCCUCCAUACUGGGGCCUCACCACCUGGACGAAUUCAUCCGCGUCUGGGCGGAGUACGACCCAGCCGCCUGUGGGCGCAUGAGCUACCUUGAUAUGUACGAGAUGCUUCUCCACCUGACCCCGCCCUUAGGGUUGGGAAAGAAGUGCCCGCCCAGAGUCGCCUACAAGCGGUUGGUCAGGAUGAACAUGCCCAUCGCCGAGGACAACACGGUCCACUUCACCUCCACCCUGAUGGCUCUGAUCCGCACGGCUCUGGACGUCAAGCUGGCUUCAGGGGUUCUGGCCCAGAGGCUGUGUGAUGCGGACCUGAGGAGGGAGCUGGGGAACGUGUGGCCCAACCUGUCCCCCAAAACCGUCGACCUCCUGGUGACGCCUCACAAGCAUAAUGAGCUGACGGUGGGGAAGGUGUACGCCGCGCUGAUGAUCUUUGAUUACUACAAGGAGAACCGCGCCAAGAGGCUUCAGCAGCAGUCCGCGGGCGGGCCCCAGGGUAAAAUGGGUGCCCUCUUCAGGCCAAUGCUCCCGUUGACUCACGCACAGGACCAGUCAACGCCUGGUAAUGCCAAGCCGCCGCCCACCCAGCCCCACCCCCAACCGGAGCCCCAAUCUGUGUCCCAGCCGGAGGGCCCACUCACUACAACCUCCCUGACCAAUGGGGAAGCAGUACAAGACCAGGAUGGCACCAUCACAGAAUCUCCUUCCAGGGUCAUGGAGAGGUCUCAGGAAGAACAGCACCCGAGGAGGAAGCGAGUACAGAGGGGUCAGUCAGAGGAGAUGCCUUACACACCCAGAGCCAAGGAAUCUGUGGAGAUGACAGAGAUGGAUCAGGAUAGCGAUGCUGGCAUUCACCCUGCUCUGGAGAGCCAGGGGAGAGCAGCCUCUAUGCCCAGACUGAACGCAGAGUCACAGCAGAGCGCCUGUCGCUGCGCCCCGACACGGUCCCCGUACCUCUCACCUAUCAUUGACGCCAGCCCCAUGAAGCGCUCGGUGUCGACCCUGUCCCCUGCGCCUCAGCGCCCCCAGGAGGUGGACCUGAGCAGCUACGCGCUGGAGCGGCCGACGCAGGACAGGCCGCACCACCACCACCACCACCACCGCUGCCACCGGCGCAGGGAGCGGGAGAAGAAGCAGAGGUCGCUGGACCAGCCCGCUGACCGGGAGCCGUCCAGCGCAGCAGGCACGCCGGGGGACCCGCCGCCCGAGCUCGGGGCCCACGAUCGCAGCCGCUCCCACGACAGGAGGCACCACUCCUCGUCCGCCGCCAGGAAGCAGCGCUACUACUCCUGCGAUCGCUACGGCAACCGCGAGUCCUACCCCGCCGUGCCCGCCUCCUCCAGCUGCGCCGUGUCGCCCAGCGAGGCCCCGGAGCCCCUGCCCUACAAGCCCAGUGGUUCUGCCAAAGGGAGCCCAGUGACGCUCACCUCCGGGUCCAGCACCCCGUCCCGAGGGCGCCGGCAGCUCCCCCAGACCCCCCUCACGCCCCGCCCCGGCGUGGUGUACAGGACCGCCAACUCCUCCCCCGUGCCGCCGGGGCCCGGCGGGGCCAUGGGCGGCGGCGGGGGCCGGGGGGCCGGCAGGCUGAGCCGGGGGCUGUCGGAGCACGACGCCCUGCUGUGGGGCGAGCCCUUCUCCCCCGUGCCCGUCACCCGAAUCGGCUCCGACCCCAACCUGGGCCAGCAGCCCCCGCGGGACCGGGACCGGGACCGGGACCGGGGCCGGGCCCCCGCCCAGGACACGGACCUCUUCCAGGACGCCCUGAGCUCCCACGGCGGACGCUCCGCCCCCCGGACCGCCGCCCCCCAGGCCAUGGCCACGCCCAUGGCCACGCCUCCGCAGGCCACGCCCCCGCAGGGCCGCGGCGUGCCCAACGGGUAUCACUUCGCCAUGGGGCUGAGCGGGGGCCCCGGGUCCAGCAGCACGGGGCCCCCCUGCCCCAGAGAGGCUGGGGACGAUGAGUGGUGCUAGCCUGGAUACAACACACACACACACUCACAUACUCACACACUCACACACUCACACACUCACACACUC